AUGAGCCUCUACAGCUACAGCACUCUCUCCACGCUGCUGCGUGUGACGGCUUGGAUCAUUCGAUUUUGUAACAAUUGCCGCCGCCGCCUAGCGUACACAUCGGGGCCACUAACGGGUGCAGAAAUCACUCGUGCCGAGCGGGUCUGGUUGCAUCGCACACAGCAGGAAGCCUUCCCGAGCGAAAUCUCUUGCCUUAGCAACGGCAAGAGGCUCUCCCCUGCCUCGUCCGUACGGGAUCUCAGGCCCUUCCUCGAUGAUUUCGGCAUCAUGCGCGUCGGCGGACGUCUCCAUCAACUCCCCGACUGCGAACAAGUGAAGCACCCUGUCUUGCUACCAGCGAAGCAUCGUUUUACAGACCUCGUCGUAGUGGACGCCCACCAUCGCGUUCUUCACGCGGGCGUGCAGGACACCCUGAGCCAAGUCCGGAGCAAGUUUUGGAUACUGCGCGGCCGUCAAGCAACACGACGUGUGCUUCACACCUGCCUCACCUGCCGCAAACAUCAUCCACAACUUGGGACUGCUCCCACCGCUCCGCUACCACGCGAGAGAAUCACGGAGUCGGAGCCGUUCGGUGUGGUCGGCGUGGACUUCGCGGGACCUCUGUACCUCAGAGGCUCGUCUUCAAGCUCUAAGGCCUACAUCGUCCUUUUCUCGUGUGGCGUGACCAGAGCUGUGCAUUUGGAGCUCUCAUCGUCCAUGAACGUGCCCGACUUUCUACUCGCCUUUCGGCGGUUCAUUUCUCGACGAGGAAUGCCUUCGUGCGUCUACUCCGACAACGCAAGGACCUUCCACAAAUGCUCCGCCGUUCUCUCGUUGGUCGCUGCCGCCGACGUUCAGGACUUCGCCGCCCAACGUCGGAUAGAGUGGCGCUUCAUCAUCGAGCGUGCUCCGUGGUGGGGCGGAUGGUGGGAGCGCCUGAUAAGAACGGUGAAGGAGGCUCUGAGGCGAUCUCUGGGGCGAGGCUGUUUAACCUUUGAAGAGCUGACCACAACCUUGUGCGAAGUGGAAGCCGUCGUUAAUUCCCGGCCACUCACGCACGUGGGCACCGACGCCGGGGACCCGGAGCCUCUCACGCCCUCACAUUUUUUGCUGGGGUCGAUUCACACGAUGCAACAUUUGCUGGUACUUCGUUCCAACAAUGGUUGCACGCAAUUCAUUGAAGUUUCACAGAGUAGGCCCUCUGUCACACGGUGA